AUGGAAACUGGGUUAAGCUCGAAAAAUUUAGAUAAGGGGAGAGUUAUGAGAGGUGGCAAUAGGAAAAAGAAGGAACUUUCUAGUAAUGGUAUCAAAAUUGAACCUUUUGUUCCUAGAAGAGAUCAUAAUCCUAAAGAGUUGAAGACUUGGGCAAAGAGAACUGGAUUUGUGUCUGAUUACUCGGGGGAAGCUGGUACUAGUGCAAGUGAGAAUUUUGAUAGUGUUGUUGAUUAUGAUCAUAAAGAAGGAGGAGGGUCUUCUCCUAAGAUAGAGAUUGAUCCGGUUCUCGGGGUUGCAAGGCCAAGCCGGGACGAUGAGAUUGAACUAGAUUCUGAGUUUAAGCAUGGAGGUAAAAGGAGUGAGAAAGAUAGGUUUUUGAGGCCAAACUAUGAUUUGAAUAGGAUUAUAGGGAACCAAAAUCAGAAGAGGAAAAAUGGGGUUGAACCUGUUUUGGAUCAUGGUGAAAAGAAAAUUGAUUUGAGAGGGAAUGGUGAGACUAAUGGAUCGACAGAGAAUUUGGUUAGGGAUAGCAAUGGUCAUGGACUUGGAGUCUCUGCGGUUGCUCCACUUCCAGAACAAAAGAAGGAAGAGGAAGGUGUAACCGAAGGAGAAGUUAAGGUGAAUCUGUAUGCAGAAGGAGAGGAACCUGCUGAUAGAGGGUGGCAUAGACCUGCUGUAAUGAAGUAUGGACUAACAGAAAAUCCUGGUUUUGUACCUCUUAUCUACUAUGGCCUGCAGCACUACCUAUCACUGAUUGGCUCAUUAGUGUUUAUUCCGUUAGUAAUGGUCCCGACAAUGGGUGGAACAGACAACGAUACUGCUAAUGUAAUUUCUACAAUGCUGUUUCUUUCUGGCAUCACAACGAUACUGCAUUUGUACUUUGGAACUCGGCUUCCUUUAGUUCAAGGGAGCUCGUUUGUGUAUUUGGCUCCAGCAUUAGUUAUCAUAAAUUCUGAAGAGUUUCGGAAUCUUACACAUCAUAAAUUCAGACACAUAAUGAGGGAACUUCAAGGAGCUAUACUUGUUGGUUCUAUAUUCCAAUGUAUUCUUGGAUUUAGUGGUUUAAUGUCUAUUCUUCUCAGGGUAAUCAACCCAAUUGUGGUGGCUCCAACUGUUGCUGCUGUAGGUUUAGCAUUCUUCAGCUAUGGAUUUCCACAAGCUGGCACUUGCAUUGAAAUCAGCAUUCCAUUAAUAGUGUUGGUUCUUAUAUUCACUCUGCAUCUUCGCGGAAUAUCUAUCUUUGGACACCACUUGUUUCAAAUUUAUGCUGUUCCUUUAAGUGUUACAGUAAUUUGGAUAUAUGCAUCGUUUUUAACGGCCGGGGGAGCAUAUAACUACAAAGGAUGUGAUCCGAACAUCCCUAGUUCAAACAUUCUGAUUGAUGCAUGCAAAAAGCAUGCUUAUACAAUGAAGCAUUGCAGGGCUGAUGUAUCAAAUGCAUUGUCAACUUCUUCAUGGCUCAGAAUUCCUUACCCUUUACAAUGGGGUUUCCUGAUUUUCCAUUUUAGGACUUGCAUAAUCAUGGUCAUAGUCUCACUGGUUGCCUCCGUGGAUUCUGUUGGAACUUAUCAUAAUGCAUCUCUGAGAAUUAAUUUGAAGCCUCCAACCUCAGGAGUUGUGAGCCGUGGAAUCGCAUUGGAGGGUUUGUGUAGUAUAUUGGCAGGUCUUUGGGGUUCAGGAACUGGUUCAACUACCUUGACUGAAAAUGUUCACACAAUUGACAUAACAAAGGUGGCAAGUCGGAGGGUAGUGGAACUCGGAGCAGCCUUCAUGAUCCUCUUCUCAAUUAUAGGAAAGGUGGGUGCUCUUCUAGCUUCUAUUCCACAGGCAUUAGCUGCAUCAGUACUAUGUUUCAUAUGGGCCCUUAUUACCGCAUUAGGCCUCUCAACAUUACAGUAUGGCCAAUCCGGAAACUUCAGGAACAUAACAAUAGUUGGCGUUUCAUUGUUCCUUGGUCUAUCGAUCCCUUCGUAUAUUCAACAAUACCAGCCUCAGUCCAGUUUGAUAUUGCCCUCUUAUCUGGUUCCUUAUGCAGCCGCUUCUAGCGGACCGUUUCAUUCAGGCAUUAAACAACUUGAUUUUGCAAUCAAUGCUCUUAUGUCCUUAAACAUGGUGGUUACAAUGUUGGUGGCAUUCAUACUGGAAAACACGGUACCAAGAAGUUAUCAUGAACGAGCGGAAUAUAUAUGGACGCGAACUCAAGACAUUGCGACUGAUCCCUCGCUGGCGUCUGCAUAUUCACUGCCAAAGAAAGUUGCUAGAUGUUUUUGUUGGGCAAAAUGCUUAGGAGUAUGA